AUGGGCUCAAGCGUAAGCACAAUGUCAGAAGACAUGGACAGCGAUCUCAGGCAGUUUUCGCACUUCCCUACAAACGAUCUACAUCAAUGGCUGGUUGCAUUCAAAAAGGCAUAUCCAACCGGGUACAUAACUGCAAAGAACCUCGAGGACAUGUUCCGCGGAUAUUUUCCAUUUGGUUCUCCAGAGGCCUUUUCAAAGAGGCUUUUCGAGACCAUCAACAUCAGUGAAAGCUGUGCCAUAGACUUCCAUGAGCUCAUGAUUGCAUAUAGUAUUUUAGUCAAGGGAAGCGAUCACGAAAGACUUCGCUGGAUAUUCAGGUUCUAUGACACUGAUGGUGAUGGCGUUGUUUCAAGGCAAGAAAUGCUUUGUGUAAUCCAGAGCAUAAUUGAAAUGACCUCAAAGACACUCGAGCUCGGCCUUGAUCCCUCAAGUGUAACCGAAAACAUCUUCAAUUCAAUUGAUUACUCAAAAAACACGUUGAAUUUUGAAGACUUCAAGACACUGCUUGUUCAGAACAAAAAGGCAUUUGAUAUGUUGAUUCCAUUCUCAUGA